AUGUCCAGCCCCAUGCACGUCCGCAAGGCCAUCCACUUCGCCUCCCUGCGCGCCAAGCUCGCGCAGCAGGGCAAGGCCGGCCUCGCGCUGCGCCUGCUCCUCGCCGCCGCGCUCGCGGGCUUCCUCCUCGUCUUCGCCGCGCGCACCCUGCUGGUCUCCUCCCCUGCUGCCCCAACAACCUCCUCCUUCUCCACGUCCCAGCGGCAGCAGGAUCAUCAGGACGCGGCGGAGUGCGCCAAGGCGACGGGCCUGCCGCUGCCGGUGAUGGAGGCGCUGGUGCACUACACCACCUCCAACGUGACGCCGCAGCAGACGGCCGACGAGAUCGGAGUCUCGCUGCGCGUGCUGCAGCGCCGCGCGCCCUGCAACUUCCUCGUCUUCGGCCUGGGCCACGACAGCCCGAUGUGGGCCGCGCUCAACCACGGCGGGCGGACCGUGUUCCUGGAGGAGGACGCGUCGUGGAUCGCCACCGUGCGGUCCACCCACCCGGCGCUCGAGUCCUACCACGUCGCCUACGACACGGUCCUCACCGACGCCGACGCGCUGCUGGAGCUCCGCGACCACCCGGCCUGCGUCGCGCAGCCGGACCUCGCCUCCGCCGCCGAGGCGUCGUGCCGCCUCGCCCUCAAAGGCCUGCCCCAAGUCUUCCACGAGGUGGAGUGGGAUCUCAUCAUGGUGGACGCGCCCACGGGGUGGACGCCGCAGGCGCCGGGACGGAUGGGCGCCAUCUACACCGCUGGCAUGGCGGCGCGCGCGCGCAGGCCCGGGGAUGGACCCACCGAUGUGUUCGUGCACGACGUCGACCGGCCCGUCGAGGACGCCUUCUCCAAGGCGUUCCUCUGCGAGGGGUACCUCGCCGAGCAGGUCGGCCGGAUCAGGCACUUCGUCAUCCCGUCACACCGCGAGAAGGACGGCACGCCAUUCUGCCCUUGA